AUGACCUCUGUGGAAAAGGGUAAGGACGUGACGGAGGAGCCUGUGCGCCGUCAGCCCACAUACAAGGAGGGAAACUACGAGAUCAACUAUGUUGCUGUGGCUGUCCUGGGUCUUCCCAUCGCCGGCGUCCUCGUUGCCGCGUUCAUGGGUGUGCCGCUCCAGUGGAAGACGUUUGUCACCGCCGUACUCUUCUACAUGUUCAAUGGUUGUCUCGGCGUCACUGUCGGCUACCACCGUCUGUUUUCUCACCGCUCAUACACGGCCAGCACUGCGUUCCAGUGGCUCUGCGCCUUCGCUGGUGCCGGCUCUUUUGAAGGCUCGGCCAAGUGGUGGGCCCGAAACCACCGCAUUCACCACCGUUACGUGGAUACGGAGAAAGACCCUUAUAACGCGCAGCGCGGGUUCAUUUUCUCGCACAUGGGGUGGAUGGUAAUGAAGCAAGACUACUCCCUCCUCGGCAAGGUGGACGUGUCGGACUUCAAGUACAACUACGUGAUACAGUUCCAGCACCAACACUUCUUUAAGAUGGCGAUGCUCUCUGGUGUCAUCCUGCCCACGAUGGUUUGUGGCCUCGGCUGGGGUGACUGGCUCGGCGGGUACUUCUACGCCGCUCUCGCGAAGAUUGUGUUUGUCCACCACUGCACCUUCUUUAUCAACAGCCUGGCUCACACCAGCCUCUUUGGUGCGAUGCAGAACUACUCGGACCGCCACUCGUCGCACGACUCAUUUGUGUGCGCGCUCUUUACCUUCGGUGAGGGCUACCACAACUUCCACCACGAGUUCGCCCAGGACUACCGCAACGGCAUCAAGUGGUACCACUACGACCCCACCAAGUGGAUCAUCCGCGCAGCUUCAUUUGUUGGCGGUGCCAAGAACCUCGUGCGCACGCCGAACGACGUCAUCGAUGCUAACUUCAACAAGAUGCUCUUGAAGAAGUCGAGGAAGGAGAUGGAGCAGGCUCAGACCCGCCUCGACGAGCUUAGCAUCCCCAUCUCCACGGAGUGGACCUGGGAGAAAGUUCAGGAUGAAGUGUCGAAGGGCCGCAAGCUGAUUGUCAUCAACAACGACGUGAUUGACCUGAUGCGCAGCAUUCCGACGGGCUCCGGCUACACGCACAGUAGCAAGGAUAUAUUCUGGUACUCGAAUCACCCCGGCGGUCAGCGCAUCCUGGACAUGUUCGUUGGCAAGGACGCAACGUCGGCGUUCACUGGUGGUGUCUACGGUCACUCGUGCGGUGCUGAGGCCUACCUUCAGCACCUACGCGUUGCGAAGCUCAAGGUGGCGACUGAUUAA